GCAGCUCUACUGUUCAUAUCAAUAUGGCUUCUGUCAGUCACACAAAGGCAAAUGAUAUUUUGCUGUGAGCUGCGGGUUUGAUGAUUGAAGAGGAGGGUAGAGAGAGGGAGAGAGAGACUCGGAGGGAGGCUGACGGACAUGUCGCGCUGUGUUUGGUGACACAGGGACUUUAACGACGCGUUUUGUUCCGGGACCAAAAUUACUGCUAAAUAAAUUAAAUGUUAUGGUGGACGGAGGCCCAGCUGAAGAAUGUCACAUUACACCGACGAGCCUCGCUUUACCAUCGAGCAGAUCGAUUUGCUGCAGCGGCUGCGCGGGAGCGGCAUGACCAAGCAGGAGAUCCUGCACGCGCUGGACACGUUGGAACGUCUGGAGCGCGAGCAUGUGCAGAAGUUUGGCCCGCGCCACUCCUACGCUGGAGGGACGAGAGGAGGAGGAGGAGGAGGUGUCAGCAGCCACGGUAGCUCCAGUUCCGCCGCUCAGUCCAGCACCGCUCCUACUUCGUCUUCAUCCGCCUCUGUGGCCACUCAGACCGUGUUCCACGGCGGAACUCCGUCCCCAUCUCCGACCAGCUAUGACACCUCUCCACCCCCCACCAUCACCGUGCCAAUGGGCGUGGUGGCGCCGGCGGCUCAGAAUGGCCGUGACGGCUUGGCGCCUGUCAGCAACGGGAAGCUUUCACCCAGUCAGUACGCAGUACCCGCUCGGGCCUUCGGCUUCGAGCCCGCUGAGGAGGAAGUGGACAUCGAUGACCGUGUGGAAGAGCUCAUGAGAAAGGACAGUAAUAUAAUCAAAGAGGAGAUCAAAGCCUUCUUAGGGAGCCGGAGAAUUUCACAAGCCGUUGUCGCUCAAGUCACAGGCAUCAGUCAGAGUCGGAUCUCCCACUGGCUCCUGCAGCAGGGUUCGGAUCUGAGCGAGCAGAAGAAGAGAGCCUUCUACCGCUGGUACCAGUUGGAGAAAACCACGCCCGGGGCCACUCUGGCCAUGAGACCCGCCCCCAUGGCGCUGGAGGACAUCGUAGAGUGGCACCAGAGCGCUCCGCCCAUCAACUGCAGCCCUGGGAGCUUCCGUCUGCGCCGAGGCAGUCGCUUCACCUGGAGGAAAGAGUGUCUCGCUGUCAUGGAGAGUUACUUUAACGACAACCAGUAUCCUGAUGAGGCCAAGCGGGAGGAAAUCGCCAACGCCUGUAAUGCUGUGAUACAAAAGCCAGGGAAGAAGCUCUCUGAUCUAGAGCGGGUCACGUCUCUGAAAGUGUACAACUGGUUUGCGAACCGGCGAAAGGAGAUAAAGAGACGAGCCAAUAUAGAAGCAGCAAUCCUGGAGACUCAUGGGCUCGACGUGCAGAGUCCAGGCGGUCACUCCAACAGCGACGAGAUCGACGGCAAUGACUUUAACGAGCCGGGCGCUGAGCCAGGGUUAGGGACGGACGAGAGUACGGGAGCGAGCGAGCAUCAGGACCCCAUCAGCCUGGCGGUGGAGAUGGCGGCGGUCAAUCACUCCAUCCUGGCGCUGUCGCAGCAGGGCAGGGGCGGCAACGACGUCAAGGCUGAGGUGCUCGAUGACGACUGAGGACUCUUCCACAAACACACACACACACACACUCUCUCACACAACAUCGCAUUUACACACUGUAUCUGCCAAAGGAGGAGACGGUGCUGGGGUGAGGAGGUGUCAAGCCACGUGACUUUAAAACUCGCUAGUUUUGCGACUCAGUGCAAUUUUAAGCAUAUAGUCAAAACUGAAUGUAAUAUUUAUGGGAAAAUUAAGCAUAUAAUUAAUCCUGUUAAUACAUAUAAGCUGUGUAAACCUCCUUCCUGUGAAAGCUUCGUGGGAAACUGACACUCUUAAAUGCAUGAUAGUCAUGCUAGUUCAAUUCCUCAGGCCUUUAUAAACAAACAAAGCUGUCUAUUUGGGAAAAGGUAAAAAGCCGAGUCGACUUUCCUUCUAAAGCGCUUUAUUGUAAUAUUUAAAGAGGUUCUGUGAAGUAGAAAUGCACUAAUUGGUCGAAAUGGGUUAUUAAAAUCACAAGUUAGUUACCGGUCAGCUCCUUCAACUGUUCGGUUUAUUAUUGUCAGCGCCCUCUGGUGGCUACAGAUUGCAUUACAGUUGCAGUGACGUAUUUCUCAUUUGCCCGGCACUGACUCCACCCCCUUUAUCGAAACCUUUAUUAGCCCCCUUUAUUAGCCCCGCCUUUUCCCUAAAAGAAUGUUGGAGGCGGGGCUAAUUUUCAGGCCAGAAAUAUUUUAACACAAGCCUGAAAAGCAGAAGGAACCACAUUCGAUGAUUUGCACCUUUUUAUGCACCUUUUAAGGCUGAGUCACUCCCUCACAUGGUUUACCUGCUCUUCUUCUCUCUCUCUCUCUCUUUCUCUCUCUUUCGCUCUCUCUCCCCGUCUCCUCCUCUGUAAGUAAAAUACUGAUGCUCAUCACCUCCUGGCUGGAUGUUGUGGCCUCUCGCCGUCCAGCUGCCUGUAAACUCGACUCUCCUCAAUAGUCCUGAGAUCACACGAGCCUUAUCAAUGAUCAUGUCUUCAUCACCAUCACCAUCACUCGCCCAGGGUCUGCUACACGUCUUGAGGCUGCUUUAAAAGCAAUCGGACAAAUGCUGUUAAUCGUACCAUGUGUAACCUCAUAGUAUUCUGUAUCAGGGUGCUGCACUGAACUCUGCAGAGUGUCGGGUUUAACUCUAGGCCCUGAUUUACAUAAAAGUGGGCGUGGUUUCAGAGGUACAAAACUACGCACAUAUAUAUAUAUAUAUAUAUAUAUAUAUAUCCGUUCAACACUACAAACGAUUGACGCAAAUUAGACGUAUAUUCAGGUCACUAUAUACCUUUAAUCCGUGUUCUCUACGAGUGGGAGGGGCUUACUGUCUCUCUCCUGUCAAUCACGACGACACUAGGCAGUCCUGGGUGUCUGUAUGUGGAAGGGAGAAGAUAGAGUUUCCAGAAAGAUGCAUAUAUAAGAUAUAAUUCUGCGAAUGUAAUACAUGCUGUCCGGUUGUGUCCAUUUAACACCCUGUUCAUCUGCUUGUGGCUUUCAGGUUGAAUAACUCACAUUCUAGGUGCUAACCGAACAACACUUGCUAUUCAAUUCAUUUUAAAGCCGCAACAUGCUUUUAUUAUUUUUUUUUUUUUUAUUUAAAUACACACGCAAAGCUUUCAGUAAAUCAGGGCCUGACUCUGUAGAUUCAUCGCUCAGCGCUUGGACCGGAUGAUGAUCGCAGGAGAAUGUUCAGUGUGUGUACAGAGAGUGUGGAAAUAACAGUCCAUUAGAACAAUUUAACGUCGGUGUCUCCGUUUAGACGGAUUGGAAAAGUUUUAGCCGGACAUCAGGAACCGGAGUGGACUUAAGGAAUGAAAAGACCAUAAAGUGACGUUUUUGGCUGAUCAAGGGAUGGUGUGAACGUGUGAAGGGGCAUCGUUCGGUUAAGCGUUUAAAACGAGACUGAAUGAACUCGAAUAUUCCCAAAGUUGAAAGAAAUUAACAUUAAAAACGUGAAUAAAAUGUGAAAAGUUCAGCAGUUAGGGCUAAACGAGACAUGCUGAGGUUUAUUUGACAGAAUCCUGGAUUUCAGGAGAUUAUUUCGCUCCUGCUGUAAGUGUGUAGUGUUUUCUCAUUGCCUGUGGAGUAAAAGAAAAGCUCCCUAAAGUUUUUAGACCCUCAAUUCAAGUAGUUCAUUUUAGAGUUCAAAUCUGAAACGAGAAAACGGCAUUUGACAAUCUUUAAUUUUCCCAGCGAUCAGUGCUCAGUGUUCACUUUCCUUUGUGUGUGUGUGUGUGUCUGUGUCAGCUUCAGCUGAUCUUUCGCUGCACUUAGUAUUUAUUUCAUGACAAGCGCUGGUCAGCUGAAGUCUGACCCGGAUCUGACCUCUGAUAAGUUAUCCCUUUAUUCCUGAUCAGUCAAAAAGGUCUAGUGGUUUUUGUGUUUAGUUCACACUCCACUCUUCCGUGAUGUCCGGAGAGGAACCCAGACGGAACUGGAAACCCCAACCCAAAUCCUGCGAUCAGGGUGGACGAGCAGGCGUCCGUUUCUGUUCCACGGGAAAUCAGGAGCUCGAGUGUCCCGUCGGUCUGUCCGUGUUUAAUAUGUGAAUAUAUUAAAAUAUAUAUAAAUCUAUAAAUAUUAUAUGACGCAAAUACUGUUGUAUCAAACUGCAGAUAGUUAAAUCCUGUAACUCCUAUUUCAGAAUUUAGUGCCUUUUUUUGGACAGUAGACUGUUCAGUAAUGAAUAUGUAGUAUAUAUGUAUGCUUUAUGACUUUUUUAAGACCUUUUUUUUUAAACCUGUGUUUAUUUUAGUACUGUAUCUUCUAGAGAAUAAAGUCUAAAUCAAUGACGA